AUGGGCGUUCGCCGACUCCUAGAUUGGUUCAAGGCGUCGCAUGAUGGCCACAUUGACCUGAACAGAGACAUUCCUCCCCUGGAUGUUCUUCUCGUAUGGCAUGCGUUCUUGCAAGACCCAGUUGCAUGGGGUGAUUUUAUUGAGGAUUCUCAACUAUUGUUUUCUCGGUGGAACCCUGACGAAUUGUUAAAAGCUCUUGACGGCAAUAGGCAUGGAUCGUUCGAACCUUCGCCGGAGUGCAUGGACAGGAUCAACCGUGUGUACCAUGAGGCAGAAACCUGCAGCCUCAUGAGCAUGUCUGUUGAUUAUGUCUUCUCCGUCAGCCCCAAUGAAAUGACUCAAGAAGUGAUCCGACUUUUCUCUCAGAAGCGGCUGAACCAUAUCGCUAUGACACCAAGAGGUCAACAGAGAUUCUUUUACGACUUCCAUAAAGCCGUCCAGCGUCAACUUGACCUCGCAGAACAAGAUGUCAAGUUCUCUUGGCAUCGCAUAUACGUGUCCCGUGAGGACAAUGAGCGGGUGUUGAGGCCCGCCAUCCAGCGCUACCGGAGGUUCUUCACUCUGGAGACGUUCAGAGAAGAGAUCGGAUACUGGCGGUUCGAAUAUCCAGAUCAUAUUCGGUUUACCGAUUUUGACAUCCAUCUCGUCUGGAGAACACACAAGCUCGCGCCCCAGAAAUAUGAACGGUUUUGUGUCAAUUACUUUGGUGGCCUUGUAUACAUGAUCCCAGACCCCCCUGAUAACCAAGAGGUGAGGGUCUCCCACCGGAAUAGUAAAUAUCAGAUCUAUGAGCACUUAUUUGGCGAGGAGUAUGCCUUGUGUCUCUGUUGGCCAUGCGUCAAGGGAAGAAUGGACAGUCCUGCAGGCUGGCGCUCUUUCAGGCGCCUCGCUAGGCCAGUGGUGAAGACACAGUUGGCGGCGGAGAUGGACCGUCGCCGCGCCGCAGCUGUGAGCAUUCCUCUGGACUUUGCUGAGAGGCAAUGUCGCAAAUGUGGCUCCCACCCCCGGAGACAUUGUCGAAAGGAGGACAUGAUUGAAGCCUCAGCAACAAAGCCUAUAACUCAUGGACGCUCAUUGUACGAUCGCGUUCCGACGCCUAGAACAUCAGUCACCUCUCCCUACACCCCAAGUCGGAACGAUCCCUUUGCUGUUCCGUUCAGAGACCUAGGAAUGUUUCCGUUUCGUUCUGAGAUUCUGGACCAAACCCCUUCGCAGUCUCCUUCGCCUUCAGCAGCAUCAGUUUCGGUGACUCUAGAGCCCACACAGAGAAACAGAAACAUGGACCUGCGAACCUGUAGUCGAAGUCAUAAUUCUACCCCUGAUCUCACCGUCGCAUCUACGCAGUCAGGCGACAGCGAUAUCGAAAUCGGUCCCAGUUACUAUACCCUGACAAGGACCCUGAGCAUGUACCAGAUUUCUGCAGACGCGAGUGAACUCACUCCACGCGCCGACAACAGGAAUGCCGAUGCAACAACCGAUGAUCCACGAUAUGUAUCUAAUGUUCCAACAUCAAAUGGCCCAGAGCCCGGGGCGUGGUUAGCUGGUUAA